GAGCAGGAGCCAGAGAGCGGCGCGGCCGGGAGGGAAGCCGGGCGAGGCGAGGAGGUGGCGGGAGGAGGAGACAGCCGGGACAGGUGUCAGAUAAAAGGGGACUCUCCUCCUUUGCCGAGGCAUCAUGGCCGCUAAGUCAGACGGGAGGCUGAAAAUGAAGAAGAGCAGCGACGUGGCAUUCACCCCGCUGCAGAACUCGGACAAUUCGGGCUCGGUGCAAGGACUGGCUCCUGGCUUGCCGUCGGGGCCCGGAGCCGAGGACCCGGAGGCUGCUGGGGCCGGCUGCUGCCCGGACGGCGGCGGCUGCUCGCGCUGCUGCUGCUGCUGCGCGGGGAGCGGUGGCUCGGCGGGCUCGGGUGGCUCGGGCGGCGGCGGCCCGGGCGGUGUGGCAGGCUCGGCGGCUCUGUGCCUGCGCCUGGGAAGGGAGCAGCGGCGCUACUCGCUGUGGGACUGCCUCUGGAUCCUGGCCGCCGUGGCUGUGUACUUCGCGGACGUGGGAACGGACAUCUGGCUCGCCGUGGACUACUACUUGCGCGGCCAGCGCUGGUGGUUUGGGCUCACGCUCUUCUUCGUGGUGCUGGGCUCGCUCUCUGUGCAAGUGUUCAGCUUCCGCUGGUUUGUGCACGAUUUCAGCACCGAGGACAGCGCCACGACCAUGGCCUCCAGCUGCCAGCAGCCCGGACCGGAUUGUAAAACGGUGGUCAGCGGUGGGUCUGCAGCCGGGGAAGGCGAGGCUCGCCCUUCUACGCCGCAGAGGCAAGCAUCCAACGCCAGCAAGAGCAACAUCGCCGCCACCAACAGCGGCAGCAACAGCAACGAGGCCACCCGGACCAGCGGCAAACACAGGUCUGCGUCCUGCUCCUUCUGCAUCUGGCUCCUGCAGUCACUCAUCCACAUUUUGCAGCUCGGGCAAAUCUGGAGAUAUUUGCACACAAUAUACUUAGGUAUUCGGAGCCGGCAGAGUGGGGAGAGUGGCAGGUGGCGGUUUUACUGGAGGAUGGUGUAUGAGUAUGCGGAUGUGAGUAUGCUGCACUUGCUAGCCACCUUUCUGGAGAGUGCUCCACAGCUGGUCCUGCAGCUCUGCAUCAUCGUACAGACUCACAGCUUGCAGGCCCUCCAAGGUUUUACAGCAGCAGCCUCCCUUGUGUCCUUGGCGUGGGCCCUAGCCUCCUACCAGAAGGCUCUUCGGGACUCCCGAGAUGACAAAAAGCCCAUCAGCUACAUGGCCGUCAUCAUCCAGUUCUGUUGGCACUUCUUCACCAUCGCUGCCAGAGUCAUCACAUUUGCCCUCUUUGCUUCAGUUUUCCAGCUGUAUUUUGGGAUAUUCAUUGUCCUCCACUGGUGCAUCAUGACCUUCUGGAUUGUCCACUGUGAGACAGAAUUCUGUAUCACCAAAUGGGAAGAGAUUGUGUUCGACAUGGUGGUGGGAAUCAUCUACAUCUUCAGUUGGUUCAAUGUCAAGGAAGGCAGGACACGCUGCAGGCUGUUCAUUUACUAUUUUGUAAUCCUUUUGGAAAACACAGCUUUGAGUGCACUCUGGUACCUCUACAAAGCUCCCCAGAUUGCGGAUGCAUUUGCCAUCCCAGCACUGUGCGUGGUUUUCAGCAGCUUUUUAACAGGCGUUGUUUUUAUGCUGAUGUACUAUGCCUUCUUCCAUCCCAAUGGGCCCAGAUUUGGGCAGUCACCAAGUUGUGCUUGUGAUGACCCUGCUACUGCCUUCUCUCUGCCUCCAGAAGUGGCCACAAGUACACUACGGUCCAUCUCCAAUAACCGCAGUGUUGCCAGUGACCGUGAUCAGAAAUUUGCAGAGAGGGAUGGAUGUGUCCCUGUCUUUCAGGUGAGACCAACUGCACCACCCACCCCAUCAUCUCGACCACCACGGAUUGAAGAAUCGGUCAUUAAAAUUGACCUGUUCAGGAAUAGGUAUCCAGCGUGGGAGAGACACGUGUUGGACCGAAGCCUGAGAAAGGCCAUAUUAGCCUUUGAAUGUUCCCCAUCUCCUCCAAGGCUGCAGUACAAAGAUGAUGCCCUUAUUCAGGAGAGGCUGGAGUACGAAACCACUUUAUAAAACAGAAGAAGCCACAAUGUCCAUAUGAAGAGAUGACAGCAGGGCUGUGGCAAUAAUGACACUUAAUCUAAGAGUAGGGCAAUGAGCUAUAUGUCCUUAGUCUGAACAUUGUCAUGGUAUGGUUUGAUCUUCCAUUAGCUGACUGCCUGCUGCUGGUGUCCAUUCAAGCCAGCAGUGCUGAGAGUCUCUUACUCCACCUAACGGGGCAAUGCCAGCUUAGUAUGACUGUUGUUACCAAACUCCUCCAGCACAGGCUUGGAGCACAUUCACCGGAGGGUACCAUUAUUAUAAAAAAAAUUGUUGCCUCUAAUCAUUAAGGUAUUUUGAUGGAGUUUACUGAUUUUUGCAUAAAUACGUUCAUAUACACACACAUACACACACACACCACCACCACUACCACCACCACCACCACCACCCCUCUAUCUAAAGAGUUGAGGUGGGGCUAGAAAGACAACCCAGUAGUUAAGAGCACUGACUGCUCUUCCAAAGGACCCAGGUUUGAUUCUCAGCACCCACUUGGUAGCUCACAACUACCUGCAACUCCAGUAGCAGGAGAUCCAAUGCCCAUUUUUGGCCUCCUCAGGCACUGCACACACAUGGUGCACAGACAUAUAUGCAAGCAAAACACCCACACACAUAAAACAAAAAUGAAUCUCAAAAAAGAGCUUAGGUGAUUUCCUUGAUGCAAAACUCAAAACAGACUCCAGAAAGAAAGCAAUAGUGCUUAGAAAGAUUUCAUAAACCAUUUUCUCAUUUGGAAACCAGUAGCAUAUGUGGUGAAGCCUGUGCAGUGGACAGCAAACUCAAGUGUUUACAUGUGUACUAGCAUUGACUGAAUGAUUCUUUUUCUAUACAUUUCAGGAUUUGUUUUUUACUUUAGGUUUUGCAGUUGAGAACAUGCUUUAUGACAGAAAUCCUAUGCAGCACAUGUAUGGCUUUGGAUGAGACCAAGGAGCUCAAUAUCCGUGAUGUAAAUUAAAUGAUAAUCAUGAUUCAGUAUUCAAUUGCAAAACUACAAUUUAUAUGCAAAGAGCAGUUGGGGGAGGGACAAAAUGAGAGUCAGAUUCUAAGGUGUGUGUGGUUCAUAUUGGAAUGCACCCACAGAGCCACAGGAGAGGGAGGGGCUGUUUCCAGGUGCAGAAUGACCAUAGUGAGCAGGUGUGAUUUUGGAAACCAUAUGCCACAUCUUUCUAGUGCCAAACUUUGUCCAAUCACAGAACUGAUAUGGAAUCCCCGAAAACAGAGAAUAAGUGGUAUCCCAAAGCAGACAAGAGAAGAAUGAUCAGGUUGUCCGCUGUGUACAGACUUACCUUCUCCCAUCCAAGGUCAAAGUGAUGUGUCUCCUAGAGACUUUGGGACACCUUUUAACAAGAGGGAGCAUACAGAUGCAAUGUGUAUGCUCUAAGGAAACUGCCUGGACUGCUUGAGGGCUUACCACUCCAUCAGCUAAGAUUUGUAUUCAAAUCAUCUGUAAAGUCGCGCUCUUUCAACAAGCUUCUGAGUUUUAAAUACCUCCGUACAGCAAGUAAACAUUCCCGCUUUCUGUUCUCAGUGUCCUUGGUCAUGGUGCUUUUUGUUGCAUUAAAAGUGCCGGUCAAACUUUGAUAGUAUUUUUUUAUAGUUGGUGCAGAGUGGAAUAACUCAUGGAUUAUUUCAAUAUUUUUGUAAUAAAAAUAUAGGGUGUACAUAUAGGCAUUGUUGCUUUUUUUUAUAGACUUGGAAUUGUUUAAAAUACAUUAAAUGUCAUAUUCACUUGGGAUAUCAGAAUCCAGUCUACAAAUCCAUCAGCCUGCCUCAGCAGAUUGAAAACACUUGUCCCUGGUGAGAUUACCUUACUUUUUGCCAUUUGGUGGCCCAGCAACCUGACCAGGGUGCUAUCAGAGCAUCAAGUAAAGAGGGAAGUGGCCUAACUAGAAAGGGCUUGUGAAGACUGAUCAAUGUCUCCCAGGAAAUCCAAGAUGUAAGUGAUUUCUUUCAUCUAUCCAUUAGAACAACCUGACCACAGUGGAAGAUGUCUUAAACUUCCUUCCCUGGUUUUAUACUAACCCAGCUGAUAUAUUAAAGAUCAGUCAAGUCACAAAAAAAGAGAAGGAAGAAAGUCAGUUUCAUUUAAAUAUUCACUCAAAAUAGUCAAGUUCUAGAGCCACCACCCAUAAUGGAUGAGUCAUCCAAAGACUGUGGUCCCCAAAGUGACAUCCACAGGAAGGGACAGAGGGCUCAACCUAGGACUUCUUUUGGUACAAAGCCCCAAAGCAAUUUUUUAAGACAGACGAUUUUUAUCAGACAUAUAUCCUAAUACUCAAUGAUUUGAUCCUUCAAGCAAGAUUUCCACUACAAUACACUAAUCUUCUGUUGGAAUGAAGAAAUACUACCUUGCUACCAGUAAAGCUUCAGAAGACUCAGCUUCUCAGCAAAUGGUGAACGCAUCCCAUUCCAGUAUAGAAGGAAAUCACAACAAUUUGGGCAGAUACUUUGCUGGUGUGCAGAACCAUGAGCUAUUAACUUCAUUAGUUCUAAGACAAGUUUUAACUGAUGAGCUUUGGAGACUGACUUUCCCAGGUGGUCUGCAGCUCUGAUUCUGUGAGUGAAUAACAGUGAACGUCGUAAUAGUGUCCAAUCAAACAAGCCAACAGGAGCAUCCACUCUUUGAUCACAUUUCCUUGCUGUUUGAUUCCCAAAUCAGAUAGAGUAUCAUUAUUAAGAAUGUACAAUAUGCUAGUGCUGUGCUGAAGACCUUUACCUCUGAGAUCCCAUUUACUCCUCACAACCACCGGUGAGUGACAUCAUUUUCAGAUGUCACAGCUUCAACCCAGAGAUGAAACACCUUGGAACCUGUCAAGUUCUACUGGAGAUGAAUUGCAGUUAAUUAAUCCAACAGACACUUUAAUCUUGCAAAUUCUUGACUUGUAAUAUUGUAAUCAAGCUACUGGAAGAGAACAUGAAUCAGUUAAAGGAAAAGGAGCACUUGGUUCAGUACUGUGCCCUGAUGUGUCCAAGCUUGAAGAGACAGGCCUCUGAGAAGUAGAGCUAAGGAAAUUGUUCUACCUGGUCCCUCAACAUGAAUGCCAUCAGUGUCCAUGGUAUCCAUCCUCUUUCUUUAUCUUUUCUAGUAAGAACUGCUUUUAAAAAAUUAGCCAAUGAAUUCCUGGGGACUUGUAUAGCUCAGAGAAAUGGGUAUGGGUCAAAGGGACUUGUUUCAAGUGGAUUGAAACCCACUUGUUUGGAAAUGAAAAGAGUCUGUCAUCUUUUAAUAACUGGUCUAUCUUGAGUACCAUCGCUGCUUUUAAUUUAUCCCAUUGUCAGCAUGAUAAUAGUCAAUGUGUAAAACUUCCAUUGAUAAUUCAGUUUCAAAGGUGUAGUUAUAAAGUGAUUUGAUGCCUGCUUUCCUAAGUGGUGACAUUACCAGUCCCAAACCAAUAUCCAUUUCAACAAGGAACCAACUAACCUAUGGCUUCUCAGAUCAAAUCUUGGUUAUGACCUUAAGGAUGACCAACUAAAUGGCCUUAAUGCCUACAUUUUCAUUUAUAAGAAAACAGGUGGACUGAGAAAUUACAACCAGGAUUCCUUCCCUUUCUCUUUUUCAAAUAAAGGUGAAAAUUAAGUUGUCAGAGUUCAGAUAUAGUUAUAGAGUAUUCAAGAGUCUGAUGUGCGUGUGGCCUUGUUAAACUUUCUAUCUCCUCAUUUGGCAUCCAUUUAGAAGUUAGAUCUAAAGAAAAGGGUGAAAGUCAUCAAGUGUCUCCAAUAAGCACUCUGGAAAAAGAAGGAGGAGGAGGAGGAGGAGGAGGAGGAGGAGGAGGAGGAGGAGGAGGAGGAGGAGGAGGAGAAGAAGAAGAAGAAGAAGAAGAAGAAGAAGAAGAAGAAGAAGAAGAAGAAGAAGAAGAAGAAGAAGAGGAAAUUGCUGUGUCUCCACACAAGCAUCUCAGUGACCCUAUCAGAAUGUUCCCAGAACUUCUGAGUACACUCCUGGGAAUCCAGCAUGGAUUAUUCUUUAGAAUAAUUUCUAGAGUGAUCUCUGGGUGUAACCACUAAAACUGAAUGACAGUCAGAAAGGUAUUCUCCUACCCUGUGACUUACCCUCACCUGUCAGACAACCAGAACUAACAAGCUGAAAAAUCCUCAUUUCCUGAACCUACACCCUCCUGUGUAAUGUACAAUGAGUUGGUUAACUGUAGGGACACAGGAACAAUAGCAGUCCUCUCUAACAAGGCUCGGGAGUAAGUGUGACCAUAAGAGUGUUGAGUACCAGGACAGAAGAUUUCUACCAAUGUAGAGGCCCAAGAAAAACUUUUCCAUCACUUGUCAGGAACACUUCUCUUUUUACAAGGUAGGCACAUGAACUAAUCUCUGCCAUUCUGUAACUAUGGCAAUGCGCAUGUCCCCUUAUGAAAGGACAAGACCUGGCUGAUGUGGAGAGGUGGAGGUCAUGUAGGAAGCUUCAUGCCAAGACUGACUCUUUCUAAGGAAACCUGCCCUCUGAUGGUUCUCUUUGACUAGUGGUCUUGUAAUGCUCUGCACAUCAAGAGCUUCUGGUGGAUUAUAAAUCACUCUUAGUUAUUAAACAUAAACUAUUUAAUUAUCUCUCUUUUAAAAACAAUGAGAUUCAGGGUUACCAUGGCCUUACUCAUCAUCCCAUUGUAAAUAAAUCAAUCACAAUAGGUCUAUGUUCAAACACACUCAACCCAGUUUAACUAGUACCAUCUUUCUUGCAACACAGUUUGGAUCUUGAGUCUAUCAGUCAGUCACCUUCUCUGUGUACCUAUUCAGAGAUUCAUAAGUCCUGUGCAAGUAAUUUUCCAGAACAAUAGAAGAAAAUAAAAGGACGGUCAUGCACUUUUCCCAUCAACACAAAAAAACAUUAGACUGUUGAUCACCCCAAAGUUCUGACUUUUCCUCAUGACUGAGUUUAUUUUUAUUUGCUGGCUUUCAACAUUUGAAUUUUCCAGAUGACUGCUGAAUAAAUUUCACCAAACCAAAGUAGAUAUUGCAGCAUUAUUAAAAAAGUAAAGACUGUCCACAUGAAUGCAAAUAUCCCAUGAAAAAUCAAGAAGUCGGUCACUCAAGCAGCACUCAUCUGGAAACUCUCUGAAAGAAUCCAGGUGUUUGGAGUAUACAGUUUUCCAUCCUGUUGUCUGGUGUAUAGGUAGGCAAACUGCUCAGGUGCUGCAGGUGGAACUUAACUUUCUUGUGCAGUAAUCUUUUGUUGGUGACAUUCUGCUGCUAGCAAUUCUCUUUGUUGUACAAAGAGAAAUAAAUCAUGCAGAGCAACUUCGGUCUAUUUUUAUUUACUUUCUGAAAAUGCAUGACAGGAAGAGGUUGGUUGGCUUGUGUCUCGGGUGUUCUAAACAUAACUGCACGGGGACCGCCUUAAAGUAGCAGUUCUUAGAGGCCUUUCUAGGAAAGGAAAUUUCUUCUUUUAGCCUCUUCUAUGUUUCAUAAUUUUAUUAUUGUUGUUCUAAUGCUUGUAAAUGGUUUAAGGGAAAUACAAAAUCUUCAACUUUUUAUUGUUCAGAUAGAACUUUUUAUUUUAAGUGUCCCUUAUAAUAUCUUAAAGCUAAAAUUAUAUAAAUUGUUUGAGACAAUUACUUCAAGGUGAAUUUUAUGGCUGCAAUUGGAGGAAAAAGGCUAUUUCCCCAAAUCAAAUUAUCUAACGUUAGGAUUUGGUUUGCUAACGUCAUUCCAGUUAACAAGUGAUUGCUGGUUACUGUGAAUAUUGUAAUGUGAAUAUUUCCCCAGUUAAUCCCUGCCACUUUUCUCCAUGAGGGGAAAAAAGAAAUGUUGACCGUGAUGGAAAUUUACCUUCCAAAAGGAGGGCUGAUGUUCACACUGACCCAGAUUUGUUUUGUCCUGGUAACCUUGGGAAGUUGGACUUGCUCCUUCUGAUCUUCUGGGUGGUGAAGAUAUAGAUGUCUUCAAGUUGAGUGUUUUUGCCUUGUUGACUGAUCUGAAGUUUGGCAGAAAAACACAUAAGCCGUCCAACCUAUUUCCCUUUAAGAGCACUUUAGUGGCAUAACUUGCUCUGAGGCACUUAUUGUUGGUGAACAAAGAUCUUGGAGAGGCAUCCAGCUAUGCAAACAUCUUGAGGGAUUUCCAAAGACAGUGCAAACAUUCCUAAGUACCUAGGUAGUGUCUUGAUUGUGUAAAAUUCUACAUUCAGAGCCAAUAAUAUCAUGAGGCAGAUGAUGAAAUUCCUCUUGAGUCUCUCCUUUCCUGGAUGUAGUUUCCCUGAACACCUAAACCUCACCACUAAGCAAUGUUUGUCCACCCCAUGCUAACUAUUUUGGGCCCUACCCUGAACACAGCUGUGGCCACAGCCCAGGUGCUCAUGACCCUCUAAACACUGAUUGACAAGCGCACUGAAAGUUUUGGCUUUUCUUUUUUCCUUGGGAUUUUAAAUCAUCAAUCUCUGCACCUGUGUGUUACUGAGAGAAUGUUUGGCUGUUAUUACCACAAGAAGGUGACAAUGGAUUGGCAAUCACACACAAAAAAGCUGUUUCUUUUACGGUCUUUGAUUCUGAGGUGAUUGAUGUGAAAUUUAUAGAUUAAUAGAAAAGCAAAAAUCCCUGUGUUGAAUAUUAUGGCUGUUUUAAACAUGUUUAAAGAUAUUAUAUGAAACAAUAUUCCUUUUUUUUUUUUUUUUUUUUUUUUUUUGAGACAGGGUUUCUCUGUGUAGUUUUGGUACCUGUCCUGGAUCUUGCUCUGUAGACCAGGCUGGCCUCGAACUCAUAGAGAUCCGCCUGGCUCUGCCUUCCAAGUGCUAGGAUUAAAGGUGUGUGCCACCACAGCCUGGCCAAAACAAUAUUCUUUUGCACUAUGGAAUAUAGUCCCUUCUGGGUACAGUGGCAUGAAGGCAUGUGGUCCAGUGACGUCGGUAAAUAAACUAGUAAUCUGUACACAUCUGGAUCCUAAUCCCUCCUCUACCUCUUUACCUCAAAACUUAUUUUGGCCUCAUUGACCCCAUAUAAAAGAGUGAGUAUAUUUGUUUACCUACCUCAUAGGGUGUUGUAAAGAAUGUGAGAGCUGGUAAAGCACUUGGGUUAGAGAGCACCAUGCCUCUUGCUAAGUAGCAGGAACAUGGAGAACUGUGUGCAUCACAGGGCUAAGAAGGGUGGGUGCCUCAGUUGUCUGAGAAGCAGCAGCCAUUCCAGCUAAUACAGGAAAAACUUCUCCCUUAAAGGUCUAGGUAGAAAUUAUAAGCUUUUAAUGAGAACAAGUAACCCCUCGUAUAGUCAUGGAGUAUCUCCAUAUAGAUGGACCACUUUCUUCUUAAUCAAACUGAAUUGUACUACAUGUUUAUAAAUACAUCUAGAAAACCUGGCCCUUUCUGAUCCCUGAGGAGUUUGCAUGACUGCCCCCAUUUUCCAGUAUCAUUAGUCUCUAAUCCAGUACUGGUGAUGCCAACUGACGUUCUGGAAACCACUCCUGGAUGACGGUAUUAUUAAGAUUUGGAUUGGAUUUGGAAUGAUUUAACUGGGUUCACAUUUCAUUUCUAACACAACACCUCUGCAACAGAAAAAAUGUGAAGCCUUCUUUCUGCUCAGAACUCUCAAGGAAAUUUGUCUUCACAUUAGAAAUGUAUUUCAAAUAUUUCAGAGAACUACCUGUAUAAUGGCUUCAGCAACGUAUCGAAGUGUGUGGACUUGCAUAAAUGCAAUAUACAGAGUGAGUUCCACAAAAGGUUAAAAAAGGCAGGAGGAUGGUAGAAAAAACAGCUUCAGUGAAAAUCCUGUACAACUCUGCCAAAGCGAUGUGCGUUCCCUUGCUUAAAUGAUUAAACUUAAGCAGAAGUAAAUGCAAAUAAUAUGAUUUGGAGUUACAAACUUUUGUAAUUUUUGAGUCAUGGGGCAAUAUUAUGAAGUAAGAAUAUACCCAUGGAACUAUGCUAAAAAUAGGGGUAAUAUUUUAAUGAUGCACUUCCAUUUAGUACCUUUGUUUAACAAUUGUAUUCAUUUUCAAAAUAAUUUUUAUAGUCUUAAAAAUUGAAAUGGUUUUCAAAUUUUCCCUUGAGAAGUAAAUUUAAAAUCACGUUGUGCUUGAAUUACAUACCAUAUUGACAUCCGAUAUAAUCUCUUCUGGACUCUAAAAUUUAUUUCCCAAUGGACUUAAUCAAAGAUUUAAAUUUUCAAAUUGGUUAAACAUUUCUAAUGCAUGGCAUUAGGCUUUCUGAAGAAUGACUAUACCAUAAAAAAUUGUGUGACACCUUAAAAAUUUCUGCACUGCCAAAAUAGACUGUUACCACAGACUGGUCAUAUAAAUACAAUGCAUGAGUAAAAGGUAAUUUGGAUAUUUCUCAAUUUCUAUCCCCUCUGAUAGCAAUAUUUUUCUACCCAAAAUGAAAAAGUGUACCCUUUUUAUCAUGAAAAUAAACGUCUGUUUUUAUUCAGUUUUAUACAGAAAACUGAAGUUGACAAUUGGGUCAAGUUUCAGAUAAGUUUGCUAGGAUUAGCAAGAGGCAGGGGAGAGAACAUGCUAUGGAGAGGUUUUAACACAAAGUACAAAAUAGAAUCUAAGCAUGUCAGAGCUGGACAGCCCCUUAAAGUACUGGCUCAGAGUUUUCACCAGCCAAGAAAAGUACAAGUGUCAGCAAUGCAGCCUUUAGCACAGAUGGGCUAUAGGCCCACCAUUUGGUAAGCAUCACAUUUCUGAUUAGUUGUAAAUACAACUGCCAAGUUUGAUGGUUACAUCUGGCUAACAUUCUUUCAACAAACAAAUGAUAAACGUGGACACACAGAGAUAAAUUCUCUACUGCUUCAAAGAAAUAUCUCCCAGAUUAUUUAUGACAACUAUAUCACUAAUAUAUUACCGUCACAAACUUUUUUCAUAAACAGUUUGGUCAAUUGUUUAUUUAAGCCUUUCUCUGAUGAGUGAGGCACAAUGGAGAAGGACAUGGUUGACUUUGAUAGGAAUCUUGCUUCUGCUUUAAAAAGAAAGAAAGAAGGAAAGAAAGAAAGAAAGAAAGAAAGAAAGAAAGAAAGAAGGAAGGAAGGAAGGAAGGAAGGAAGGAAGGAAGGAAGGAAAGAAGAAAAGAAUAGAAAAAAGAAAAAAAUCCUGCUUUUCUUCUCAGUAGCCAGAUAGCUCAGUGAUGGAUGUGAAGAUGACUUCCUGUUCUCAGAAGAAAGAGUCAAUAGAAAACCAGGUCCUCUUGGAAGCCAAGAAGUACCUUGGAUUUCGAGCUAACGUGAGAGAAUACUAGCCCUACUUUUGGUUACCACUCUCCCUCAUUCUUCUAAAGUUAGGAUUGGAAUUUCCAGUAAUGGUAAAUAAUGCUAUUUUGUAUAAUGGCUUCAAUAUACAUAUUGUGAAAGAAUUAGUUACAAAUGAGAACACUGGGAAGCAUGCUUCCUCUGUGUUUGCUUCUAAGCAAGUGCUUGGGAAGGCACUAGUCAUGUUGACACUCUGGCUGAGCCAGUGGAGUCCAAGAGGACAGCUGCUGUGCUGUGCAUGAAGCCAUUGCACAAGGUGAACCUGCUUCCAAACGACAAGGCCUUGGGCUCCUGACAUCGGUUCUUCAUUCUCUCAUUAUUUUGUUGUGUAAGUUUCACAUUUAACUACCUCAGCUACUGUUGUUUGAUUCAGAAACACAUACCAUUCACUUCAUAAUUAAUAAAUUAUUUCAUUGAAAAUUUCAAAAUGCUAUUUGGUGUGAAACAAUUUUCAGAAAUUAUAAAAUGCAUAAGCAACCCAACUUCCACCAGGUCUACUUAAUUUGGUUUGUUUCUGAGCAUAGUUUGGGUUUAAAAAAAAAAAAACACUUCACUUCCACCCAACAUAAAGAGAGGUUGUAUAUAUUUGCUUAAUUUGCCUUAAAUAUUUUGUGCUUUUUUUUCCCCUCUGUUCAAUUUUUGUUUUUUAAAUUUAUCUCUGGAAAAAAAGAAAAAGCAAUGGUGGUAGAGGAAGAACAACUGAAAAGAACGGGCCACUGGGUUCUCAGCUCCCCAACCUCAACUUACAUAGUAUUCUGAUGCACAGUCGCCAUUUUUGUGUUUUUCUCUCCACUUCAGAAAUAAGGUGUGUGCAGGCAACGUGAAGACAUUUCCCCUGGACAGCACGGUGCCUGGCCUCGGAUGCAAACCUGCCGGUCCUGUGCUCUUACUUUGUAAACAUUGUACAAAUGUAUUUGGAAUUUUAUUUGGAAAAAAAGAAUUAAAUGCGUUAUUAAAUUCUUUCCUGUAAAUAUAUAUAUAUAUAUAUAAAGAUAUACAUAUUACAAUCCCGCAUAUCCAGACAUUCCUUUAGCAUUCAGAUUGUAAGUGUGUCUUUCUUGGCAGGAGCUGCUGCCCUGGGCAGUGACUCCAAGUGCUCUAUCUCAAAGCACAGUGCGUGGAGUAUUUGAUAUACUGCAGUACCAUAGUUAUUUUGGUCAGUUAAGUAAGUUGAAAUUUGUGAUGAAAUGAAGUGGAAAGUAGUACUUCAUAAUGAAUAAAUUUCCUGGGUUAUCUGAUUUUUUUUCUUGUAAAACUUUAAAAAAAGAAAACUUGAAAUUUUAUAUAUUUGGAUUUUGUAGAUUUUUUUUUAUUUUAUUGCAAAGGUACCAAAAUCAUUAAAUAAAGUACACUGUGGUCAUUUUAA